AUGGCGAUUCUGAAUGAUCUUUUUGAGGGAGUCGAGUCCGUGCCGGAGCUCCCUAAGUUGUAUCGUCAUAAGCACCCGUCGAAUCAGAGCGAUGUGCUUGUGUUCCGGAGUGAUGCUCUGCUACCUGAGGUGCCUCAUCCACUUCAUGAGACUCCAAGUGCCCACCGUCCCUUUGUUGAUUCUCAUCCGGAUUCAGCUGAGUUUGAUAGCUUAUCAGGUGACGAUUCUGAUGGGGGUGUUGCCCUUGCAGAAGAUGUGAAGGGUAAGGCAGUCGGGUUUCUGGGUUGGGGCGAUAGCCCUGAGGCUGAAGUUGGCGCUAGCUGUCCCAAAAAACUGAGGACAGCUGUGCGGAAGAGGAGGGUUAGCAACGAUGCCAGCCCUGGUCCUGCACCCAAGCAGCGGCGAGUGGUGGAGGGGAGAGCUCCUGCUAUUGCCGCUCCUAGUAUUGAGGGGUCGUUGAGGAGGGUGGGAGCUGAGGGGUCGAAUCCUUCGGAGGAGAUCCCUGUUGGUGAGCCCAUCGUUCCUCCUUAUAAUGGUUCGAAGGCUCUUCCGUUUGCUCGAGUGCUUCACGAGAACAGGACAGUAGGUGCUUCGCCAGAUGUUUUGGAGGCAGGGGAGUCAAGUGAUAGCCUGUUGGAGGAGAUUAGGGCAUCGCCUCCUCCCUUCGAGUACUAUCAUGGCGAGCAGCUUGAGGAUGACCCGCAGUUGACUGCUGGAAACAUGAAGAAGUUCCAGGCCGUUGUGCGGGAAUUCACCAAGUUCUCUUUGCAAAUGGCCAAUCGGUCAUAUCUGAAGUCUCAGAAGCUGAAAACGACUGAGGCGGAUCGUCAGAAGAUCGCUCUGCUAGAGGCGAAGAAUGCCGCUUUGAGGAAAGACAAAGCCGAACUCGAGAAGAGGGUCAGGAUGCUGAAGGAGGUGAUCCAGAAGAACCGAGACAGUACUGAAGAGCACCGGAAGGAGUUGCGAGAGCUUCAGGUGGCGGCUCAGACUGUGGUCGAGUCCAUAGGUUCCUCCAAGGAGUUUGAAGGCAGCUUGGCGGACCGGCUGCGGGUGGUUCCUCAUAAAUUUGCUGAGUACUUGGUAGGAACCUCUAGGAAUUGUGUAGUGCAGGCCCUUGGUCUUGUCAAAUUGUAUUGGCCUUGGGCCAAGAUAGGUGUUCUUGGUGAUGGCAUGUGUUCGACUUGUGAUCAUGACCAAUUUGUCAAGUUUGUAGAGGAGGCGGAGCCUGUGGCCGACCAGAUUGUAAAGUUAAUAGGCCAGUAGGGUAUACUGUAUCUUCUUUUUGCCAUGUGAAUAUGACUUUUUGGUCAAUGAAUUUGACGAGUUCUUUCUAAGAGAACUUUUGUAUUGACCAUCUUGUGGAUGAGUAUCCCUUCUUGAGA